AAUGUUGGAAUUUGGUAACUGUCUGAUGUUGAAGUGUUAUCGUCUAUGUCUGCUCAGUACUAUUGUAAUUGUAUGGCAUCUAGACUUUAUUGUAUCUGGUGCAAGUUUUCAAUCGGUGAAAUGCUAUUAGGGCUGGAUCUGGAUAUUUCAUAUUUGUCAUUAAUUAUCUUUUGGUAACCAUUUAUGGUAUAUGACAUGCUCAUGAGGUCAAGACUCUAGCGAGAAAGCAUUGAUUUUCAAACUCAAUAGUGGACAGAUUUUAUGUCCUUUGAUAUUUCCCAUUGAGAAAAAUUGUGUUAUUUAUUGUGGUUAUAUUCGUCAGAUAGGGUGUGAUAUGUUACUCGAUGCUUUGCUUGCCUUCAUAAAAUUUUCCAUCAUUUUGUGCAAUGCCAUUUAAAACCCCGUUGAAAUGAAGUAUUGGAUCAUGAAGAGUAAGAAAUUUUAUGUCUUCUAUUUUGCUCCUUUCCUAGUCAACUCCUGAAGCUGAAGGGCAUAAAGUAGUAGACAGAGUAACAGAUAGACGACUUACGAGGAAUCAGAGGUUGAAGUUGGGUGUAGCAGUGGAGGAUGAACAAAUCCUUAAAUCCAACUGUACAGGUAGCAAAGGUGCAGCAAUGGACAGUGUUAAGCUGCCAGAAACUAAUUGUUUGGAGCAAGGAAAAGGGAAAAGUGAUUCUUCUGUAUGCACUUCUGUAUCUGCUUCUGCAGUUGCGGCCCCUGCAGAACAGCAACCAUCAGAAAAUGGGGUGAAAAGACUUUUGAGUAGAAAGACGCGACAUGGGAUAAGCAAAUUAAAUGACUUACCUUGUCGGGCAUCGAAACGACUUGCUGGGAUCAAGGUCGGUAUAACGUCCGAACUGAGAACCACUAGUCGAGCUUGUCGAGUUGCAGAUAAACAGUCUGGUGAGGCUGAAGCCAGUAGCUCUGAGAAUGUUAAGAACUUGGCUACUCCAGAAGAACAUAUUAGAAAGGCAGAAGUAGAGGAGAAUAGGACUGAUGAGAAGCAAAAAUGCCCUAUUAUUUUGCCUCUAGAAAAUUCGUCUAUUCCUAAAGAGCAUGUUGGAGAGGUUGAAACUGAUAAUAACGAUGAUGACAAGCCUGGAUCGCCUAUCGGCUUGUCUUUGACGGAUUCCUGGAUGGAAGUGGACCCAUGUAUUGAAUUUGCGAUAAAGACUCUCACUGGGGCAAUUCCAAUAGGGAAUGAAAACCGGGCUGAUGAGAAUCCAAGUAUUCAUAUUGACUUGCCUCCUGAUAAUCAAGGAUCUUCUUUGGACCUGCCUUUCGGAGAUUCAUGGACAGACCCAUGCAUUGAAUUUGCCAUAAAAACUCUCAAGGGCGAAAUCCCAGUAGACGAUAAUCUGCAGCUUCAAAAUUACUUCCAGAAGCAGCUCAGCUCAUCGAAUUCCCAAGGGCGCAAUGGCUCAACAAUCCCAAAUGUUAGUUUACAUAAUGACUUCUCCCAAGCCCAUCUCUCACCCCAGCAAUUCCACACUGCAGAGAGGCCUCUAUAUAAACAACAGGCACGGUAGCUAGCGCCUAUGUUACUGCAUUCCAGAAAUGUUAGCUUAAAAUUUGCAGUUGAUGGUGAACACCAAAGAUCAACAGCCAAUCUAGUAGGAAUUCAUCCGUAACCAUGUAGAAUUCUUCCAGGUUUUUAGAACGUUUCUUUGUCGUUGUAUUGACACAUACUGUCACUGAUCAUAAUAAUCUUCCAUGGGGAUACAUUGUUCUAGAGAGUUUCCAUUAGUUUCUGGUUAGCUUGAGUCCACUGAUGUUGUACGAUUGUAAUUUCAAUUGAUGAACUGAUGCUUUUUUCAUCUGAUGUCCCCAAUUGCAUCCACGUUCAAGUUUAAGGAUAGCUUUUAUAUCCAUUUUGCACUUAGCCAAG